AUGACAUCCACAUCAACCCGUCCAAACAAAUACACGUCCAAGCUGGCUGGGACAUCGGUCCUCGUCAUCGGCGGCACAUCAGGCCUGGGCUACGGGGUAGCGGAAGCGAUGAUCGAACACGGCGUGGCGAAGCUAUAUGUCUCGUCGUCACGCGAGGAGAAAGUGGCAUCGGCGGUGGACCGGCUCAAUGCUGUCGCCGAAGCUGUGGCCAAAACGAACACAUCGACAACACCCACAAACACUGUGACUGUCACAGGACUCGCAUGCGACCUGUCGAGCGAAGCGACGCUCGAAUCCAACGUGCAGAAACUAUUUGGGCAGAUCAACCACAAGCUCGACCACAUCGUCUUCACGGCCGGCGACGCCCUGGUGCCACUGCCACUGGACCAAGUGACCGUUGACACGGCCAAGCAGACCGGAAUGGUCCGGUUCUUUGGAGCCAUCAUGGUUGCGAAGCACGGCGCCCCCUUGCUCAACCCGGGUCCAGCAUCGUCCAUCACCUUCACCACUGGGGCAACGGCGGAAAAGCCCAUGGGGCCGGGCUGGGCGGUCAUGUCGGGGUAUGCAAGUGGUCUGUUUGGGCUGGUUCGUGGACUGGCGCUGGAGUUGAAACCCAUCAGAGUCAAUCUUGUCAGUCCUGGUGCCGUCUACACUGAGCUCUGGGAUACCAUGGCCCGCGACAACAAGGCGCAGCUUUUGGCCGAGUAUGCCAAGAAACAGGCCACUGGCAGAGUUGGCGCUGUCGAGGAUGUGGUUGAGAGUUAUUUGUUCUUGAUCAAGGAUAAGAACGCGACGGGCACGGUGGCCAGGUCGGAUGGUGGUUCUUUUCUCCUGUAG